AUGCGCCCGGGGCCGGGGCUGCCGGUGCUGCCGGUGGUGCUGGCGCUGCUGGCGGCGGCGGCGCGGCCGGGCAGCGGCGAGGAGGCGAUCCAGUGCCCGCCGUGCUCGGAGGAGCGGCUGGCGCGGUGCAAGGCUCCGCAGGGCUGCGCGGAGCUGGUGCGGGAGCCGGGCUGCGGGUGCUGCGCGACCUGCGCGCUGCCCCGCGGCACCGCCUGCGGCGUCUACACCGCGCGCUGCGGUGCGGGGCUGCGCUGCUACCCCCCCCGCGGCGAGCCCCGGCCCCUCCGCACCCUCAUGCACGGCCAGGGCAUCUGCACAGACCUGGCCGACGUCGAGGCCAUCCAGGAGAGCCUCCAGCCCCCAGGUGAGGUGGCGGAGGGGCGGCAGAGGGUGGUGAUCGUGGCCUCUGCCACGCCCCUGGUGCUCGGGCAGGAUCUGGGGUCUGGGAGCAGAGCCGGCAAGAAGGAGGAGAUUGACCACCCCAACAACAGCUUCAGCCCCUGCAGCAUCCACGACCGCAAGUGCCUGCAGAAGCAGCAGGCGAAGAGGGUCAACAACGGCAACAAGAUGCGCAGCAGCGGGAGCCCUCACCACCGCGACGACACGCGGGUCAUGGCGCAGGGCUCGUGCCAGAGCGAGCUGCACCGGGCGCUGGAGAGGCUGGCAGCCUCGCAGACCCGGACACACGAGGACCUGUAUGUCAUCCCCAUCCCCAACUGCGACCGCAACGGCAACUUCCACCCCAAGCAGUGUCACCCAGCCCUGGAUGGGCAGCGGGGCAAGUGCUGGUGUGUGGACCGCAAGACGGGGGUGAAGCUGCCGGGCUUCCUGGAGCUGAAGGGAGACUUGGACUGUCACCAGCUGGCGGACAGCAUGUGA